CCUCACUCUCCCCUCACUCUCCCUGUCUCUGCUAUUUGCUCGUCGGCGUCCCUACAAAACUCUCCUGCAUUGACUGCCUGCAGUCUCGGUCCCCGACCGUACUUUUAUUACACCAUGCCCCCGGUCGGCGCCGCUCUCUGGCGCUCAUUGCGCGCUCACCAAGUCUAUGGCGCCAACACCGAUGUCGGCAAGACUAUUGUGUCCACUGUCCUCUGUAACGCAAUCAACCAGCAAAAGUCCUCCCCAGCAGCCUUCCUCAAGCCCGUCUCGACCGGACCAUUGGACGAGGCAGAUGAUCGCCACAUUCAGCGCUACGCCGCCGGCACUCUCACUAAAUGUCUUUAUCAAUUCGACGAGCCCGUCAGCCCACACAUUGCAGCUAGACAAAAGCAGGUGACGAUUCCCCGAGAUGAUGAUAUCGUUGCCUCCGUCCACAAAACGCUGUCGGAGUGGGCGGGCAGCGGGAUUAAUUUUGCCCUCGUUGAGACGGCGGGCGGCGUGCACUCGCCCGGCCCCAAUGGCAAUUCCCAGGCCGAUCUGUACCGGCCACUGAGACUCCCUAUCGUUCUCAUUGCGGACUCUCGACUGGGCGGCAUCUCGUCGUCGAUCUCGGCGUAUGAGUCGCUGUUGUUGCGUGGCUACGAUGUGCACUCGGUCUUGUUGUUCCGGGAUGAUUACUACCAGAACCAUGAGUAUCUGCGCACCUAUUUUCAGAAAAAGAGCAUCCCGUUGGUCCCGCUCCCGCAGCCCCCGGCGCGACCGCAGUCGAACGAUGCCGACUCGCUGGCUCGUGACGAGGAGGCCAUGGCGACUUACUACGAGCGUGUUGCACGGGGGACGGAUGUGGGCGGAUUGUUGGAGGAAUUGACGGCCAAGAAUGUCCAGCGCAUUGAGCGCUUGGAGGCCAUGUCCGGUCGGGCUCACAGCACCAUUUGGUAUCCGUUUACCCAGCACCAUGGCAUGGCUCCGAAGGAUAUUACAGUGAUUGACUCGGCCUACGAUGACUUCUUCCAGACCUAUACCCCUGAAACAGCCUCGCAGAAGGGCGAGCUGCGCGCGACGUUCGAUGGUUCUGCCUCGUGGUGGACGCAGGGCCUGGGCCACGGAAACCCCAACCUGGCACUGUCGGCGGCCUACGCGGCGGGUCGCUACGGUCAUGUCAUGUUCCCGGGCAACAUUCACGAACCGGCGUUGUCCUUGGCCGAGUCGCUUCUUGAGACCAUCGGCAAUCCGCGUCUCCAGAAGGUUUUCUACAGCGACAAUGGCAGCACGGGGAUGGAAGUGGCCAUCAAGAUGGGUCUGCGGGCGGCGUGUGAUCGGUAUGGCUGGGACGCCAGUCAGGAGCAGAUUAGCAUCCUGGGUCUUAAAGGGAGCUACCACGGCGACACCAUCGGCGUGAUGGACUGCUCCGAGCCCUCCACCUACAACAAGAAGGUGGAAUGGUAUCGUGGUCGCGGCUACUGGUUCGACUUUCCCCAGGUGCGCAUGUCGCAGGGUACCUGGAAGAUCGAUAUGCCGGCUAGUCUCCAGGAGGCGCUGGGACCGGACCAGGAGUACUCGUCCUUGAAUGGGGUGUUCGAUCUGGAGGCGCGGGUCGCCUCGGAGACCGGGCAACGCUACAAAGAAUAUAUCCGGGGGACCAUCGAGACCCUGGUUCAACAGGGUAUGAAAUUCGGGUCGGUCAUUAUGGAGCCGGUAAUUCUAGGCGCGGGUGGAAUGCUCUUCUGUGAUCCCCUGUUCCAACGGUGUCUGGCCGAUGUUGUCCGCGCCCAACCCGAGCUCUUCAGCGCCGACGCCACGCCAGGGACGGGCGCGGGGUCGUGGUCUGGACUCCCAAUCAUUUUCGACGAGGUGUUCACCGGGCUGUACCGAUUGGGUCGCCGAUCGUCCGCGUCGUUCCUGGGCGUGGACGCCGACAUCGCCGUCAACGCGAAGCUGCUCACGGGUGGACUGGUGCCGUUGUGCACGACGCUGGCCAGCAAUGAGGUGUUCCAGGCGUUUUCAAGCCCGCACAAGAGCGACGCGUUGCUGCAUGGGCACAGCUACACGGCACACGCGGUCGGGUGCCAGGUUGCGGUGGACUCGCUGCGGACGAUGACGCAGAUGGAGCAGGGUGGGUCCUGGAACAAGUACCGGCAGGAUUGGCAGCCCGCGCUGGAGGCGGACAGGACCAGUCCAGAGGUUUGGAGCGUGUGGUCGCACGGGCUGGUUCACGAACUGUCCCACGCGCCGUCGGUGGAGGGUCUCUUUGCUCUGGGGACGGUGCUGAGCAUUUCGCUCAAGGACACCCAAGGCGGAGGCUACACGUCGACAGCCGCCCAGGGGCUGCAGCAGCGCCUGGUGGCGGGUGGGGCACACUUCCAGGUGCACUCGCGGGUGCUGGGCAACGUGCUGUACCUGAUGGCCAGUGUGACCUCGACACCCUCGGCAUUGCGGGAGAUUGAGGGAGUGCUGCGGGCAGCGUUGUGUGGAGCCUGAUCCUACGAUGAUGAGUCGUGUAUCCAGGGUGCUUGCCGAUGUGGUGUGAAUAUUCUAUCUUAUCUAUCUUCCUCUGCAGUCUGCACAGUACGGACUACGGUGUACUAGUACGGAGUAUCUAAAACUAUAUUCUCGAGUGCUCUCAUG